CGGAUUUAGCGGAAGUUUAAAGUCCUACAUGAACGUUCCUGAAAGGGAGCUACCAAUAAAUACCAUCCCAGAGCUGCUCAAGAGAAUGGAAGAAAACGAGAUAAUGGUUGGGACAAUUUACGGAACUGUACCGUAUGCAAACUUUAUGAGUGCAACAAAAGGAAACAUGCAAACGAUUGGGAAACAGAUCAGAAAAAAUGAAGCAGAAACAGUAGUAAGAACUGUGGAAGCAGGAGUUAUCCGAGCAAUAGAGAAAUCCUUUGCUUUUGUGUGUCCUCGAGCUUCCAUGGAAGGUAGUCUGGCAAAUCUUGGAAUAAGAAAUUAUCAUUUUGGCGAAGAACAGUUUUAUAACAUGUACUACACUUUUGCUGUUCCUAACGGCUCUCCCAUAAAUGAAGCAUUCGGUAAAAUGUAUGUAGUAACAAACAUUUUAUUUCGUAUUUAAAUAUUUCUACAAAUCAUUAUAAAGAUCAUCUAUAAAGAUGAGGUAUUUUAUUAA